AUGGCUUUCUUCAGGCAGUCCUGUACCUGGGUGUUUUUGCUCUUGCUUUCAGCAAUUCAUGUUCAGGCACAGAAUACAGGUCAGUAUGUUUUCUGGGUAGGGGAAAAAACUUUGAUUUGGGUUGGUUUGAUUUUUUUUAAUAUAAAAGGAUAUACCAGUAGAAAAACAAUUGCCACAGGUGCUCUCAAUGUGCAGCACAAGCUGGUACCUGUUUCACUAGAAGUAUGUCCUACCACAUAGGACUCUUGGAUAAGUGUGCCUUGGAUCGCAGCCUGAAUGCCGUGCGUAUUCCAAGCAUAGGCUGUAGCAUGGUUUGUUUCCUGUCAGCCAGAAUCUAUAUAACCUUUCUAAUAUUCUAAUGAAAGAUGCAUUUUGUAGCAGACCUUUGAAUGGCCAAAUUAUCACACAGGCAAGAAGGUGGCCAUUUCAAAAGAAAGGGCUUUUUUCUUGUUAAUUAUCAUUUGAAUAAUUGAUUUACAAUUAAUUACAUGGACAAAAAAAAUAGGGGUACGCAUGGAUGAGGUGAAUGAUGGCACUUUUUUGACAAUAUUGUCUGGAGUUUACUUAAGAACUAGAAAUCAGUUAAAGGAAUUAAUGAUAUGAAGAGGAAUCCUUUUACACGAUGUUGGGUUUGUCCCAAGUUAUAUGGUUAUAAGAUGUUGGCAAAGUUAACUAUUUGCUAACAUUUGAAAGACUAUACCUUCACAUGCAUAUAUCUAGAUAGCAAGUGGGUAAGAAAGCUUGUUAGGCAGAUUGUCUUACACCUGCCUGUUACUGAGCUCAGGGGCGAAUCUGCUAUGAAACUAAUGAAGCUUAAGGCUUCAGGGCCCCUAAUCCUGGGGGGACCCCAGAAGCAACUUAAGUCCACAUUGCUUAAAAUCUUUGGGUCUAAUAGACCCCAAUCUCCUUCUCCUUCUCCUAUAUUUCAACAAUCCCAGUGUUUGAGAGGCAGUAGCACAGAUGUUGUAAAGGUGUGAUGAUCUGUUGUGGAACAACCCCAUUGAAUAAGAUAAAUGGGGUUACCCAGACCUUGUUGCUGGUUGCAAAGGGGCCCCCAUGACAGUUCAAGCUUCAGGGCCCCCAAAAUGUAGGUCCACCACUGUCUGAGUUUAUAUGAUAUUUCCUAUAUAUUUGUCCCAGACAAAUUCUUGGACUAGAAUACACAAAGCACUAGUUGAUCUUAUGCCUUCUUUUGACUAAGCUUGUGCUUUGGGAGAUUUAAAAUAUUGUCUUUUGUUUCACUAGAUUGUGGUGUGCAAGAUAGCGUUGUUAAUAUCCAAGAGAAUAAUCCUCCUGGGGCUUUGAUUACCAACAUUAACACAGCUGACGGUGUCACAGUAAGAAUUAACCCAUUGGUAUUGAAUGGUGACCAGUUUGAGAUUCAGAACUCACAACUGCUCCUGAAAAAUUCAGUGGAUUAUGAGGUAAUGAACUGGUAUGAAAAAGAUGCAGAAAUAUGGCUGGGGGGUUAAUAGCAUAGAAUCAGAGAAUCUCAGAGUUGGAAGGUUCCCCAAGGGUCAUCUAGUCCAACACCCUGAAAUGCAGGAAUCUCAGCUAAAGCAUCUAUGACAGUAAUGGUAGCCAGUCAGACUCCUAUCUAGAAACGUGGUAAGGUGAGGUGGAAGUGAAUCGGGGCAGUACAGUCAUAACCUGAAUAUAGCUAUCCAAAUAUUUUAAAGCUAUUUAAUAGCCUUAAUUAAAACAUUGAAAACAAGUGCCUUGCAAAUGUCCAUUCUCUCUGAGCUUUUAUAUUCUUUUGGCCAGAGCAGUGUAAGGCAAAGGACUUACUUUGUUGCCUGAGGCAACAGACAAGAUGGCUUCCCCUCCCUGUUCCAUAAAGUGUUCCUCAAAGUGGUAGAUAUGCAAACAGGCUUUCUACCAGGCAGCAUAUGUCAUGUGAUAGAUUAAAGCCAAUUUGCAUGCCAUCAUUACAUGCAGGUAAUGCUUCUUCAUUUGAAGGCUAUGGAGUAUUUUCAAGUGUGAUGAUUAAACUGCCUCUGAGCACCUCUUUCACUUUUUAUGUAUGCAUGAGAUAGUUGCUAAAUAACAGAACUUAGAGUGGAAGAGAGGCUUUCGUAAUUCAAACAGGAAUUCUGGUCAAUGUUGGGGUUUUUUAGUCACAUUAUAAACCUAUUUGGGCAAAAAACUUUUGUGUGAAAACUACCAGUAGUGAUUCUUAGUACAGUGGUACCUUGGUUCUCGAACUUAAUCUGUUCUGGGACUCCGUUCGACUCCCGAAACUGUUCGAAAACCAUGGCGCGGCUUCCGAUUGGCUGCAGGAGCUUCCUAUACUCAAGCAGAAGCUGCUGAAGAAGUUGCGUCGGACAUUCAGCUUCCAAAAAACAUUCACAAACCAGAACACUCACUUCUGGGUUUGUGGCAUUCGGGAGCCGAUUCGUUUGGGAGCCAAGGCAUUCGAGAACCAAGGUACCACUGUAUAAACAUUUGUUUAGUUUAUUCUGAUGUACACCAUCCUAACAGAUCAAGAUAGGCAAAAAUGUUAAAAAUGUCUAAUUUUUGAUUAUUAUUUCACAUAUCCUCAUAGCUAAUAACACUUCAGCCAUCAAAUGCUUGGGUGAACAGGAAUGUUUUCAUAUUCCUCCUGAAUGUUAAUGAUGAAGGCAGAUGUACUUCAGGAGGAGGGCAUUCCAUAAACAGGGAGCCACUACCAGGAAGGCCCUAUCAGGCAGCACCAAUAGCUAAAAUAAAAAUAAAUAAAUAAAUAAUUGUUCCAGAAAACAUGAUUUAAUUGAAAUCAUUUGUUUUUAAUACAGGUUUCAACAGCGCUAGUUGUAGAACUACAGUGCUUCAGAGCGGAUAUAGUCGUGAGUAAUAUCUGAGAUGCUACUUUGUGUUGUUAGAUGUUGCACAAACAUAGUGGGAGACACUUCUUUGCAACGUCAUCUAGGUCCAGAGUUUCCCCCCCAAGAGAACCACAUUCCCUCAGCAACUAAUCCGCCAGGGGCUGCAUGCCAAGUAUGGGUGGGGCUGAAGCUAAUGGUAGACAUGGUCACACACACCUUCUAUCUCCGAUACACCCUUUGCCUCCUUCACCCUCCUCUCUUUCUCUCCAUCCCUUGUCAAUGGCAUGCCAGGGGUGGGGCCAGUGCUCCCCCCCCUCAAUUUUGUUUGAUAAUUUCAAUUUUCAAAAAACAGGUGUAUUGUAUAAAAAAAUGUCAAACACAAAACACUUGAAACUGCUAAAUUUAUUUUAUUUUAAAUUGCAAGAAUAAGUAAUGCAACAUAUUUGAAUUCGGUGGCACUUGCUUCUGCAGACAUGUCUUGGGUUGAACUUUGUGGAUUAUUGUCAUUUUCAAGCUUAGUUCAUGUUUGAAGCCAAGAGGGCCACCCAACAUUCCUUUUUUUUUUUUAAAGACCAUAGUUCUAACAUCACCAGCAUCACCCCUGAUUUUCAGCAUUUCAACAGUCAAUCAAUUACUAACAUUAUUCUGCUUUGCUCACCCCCAGGUAAAUAGUAUUACUGUUGUAGUGAACAUUAUUGAUGUGAAUGACAACCCUCCUGUGUUUCCAGAAACCAACAUCACCGUCAAUGUUCGAGAGGUAUGAUAAUGAUGAUGAUGAUGAUGAUGAUAAUGUCUCUGCAACAAGUGACAAUGGACUGUAGCUAUAAUUCUGACAGAACCAUAAUCUUGGGAAGAAUAAAACCUUGUAUAAACAUUAAAAUACAAAUAUUAAGCAUAACACAAUGAAAUAGAAAUGAUACUUAACCAUAACAUAUUAUUGCUGUUUCCAAUUUAAUUCCAAAAUAAGAAACAAAUAUCCAUGAGAGUUAAGAGAGAAAUAUAGAUUACAACUCUAUUACACUAUUAAGCUCACUAAAAUAUUUUCUUUGAAACAAGUUCAUAAAAACUGCUCAAACAGUAAUGUCCACUUUGUUAGCCAUAGAUACAAUUGUAUGCAAAUUAACGCAACCAUGGAGGGGGGGAAUAUAGAAGAUGCCAAAUACAUUACCACCCUCAGGUCCCCUUCAGUGACUAGUUACAGUGCACAAUGGAUUUCCAACCUCAAAUCGAGAAGUUUGUUCAGAAAAUAGGGGUAGCUGUUCAUUUAAAAUACUGGGUGCAAUGUUCAAUCAAACUGUUUAAAUAACUCUAUCAUAUCCCAGUUUAUUUUUAUUUAGCAAUAUUUCUAAAGGGAUAGCAUCCUAAUCUGCUACUAGUAUUGUAAAGAACUCAUAGGUUGUAAUUUAUAAUGCCGCCUACUUCCUUUGCCAGCAAAAUCAUGUAUCUGCAAUACAUGAGGUUUUACUCCUUUAUUUAAUAUAAAAUACAGAAAACUCUUCUUAUAGCAAUUUAAACAUGAAAAGACUAAAUGUAAAAUUAGAUAAAGGUAUCCUCUCUACAAUAAAGUUAUUAAUAGUCAAAUGCAAGCUUCUCCUAUUCUGACUGAAGGGAACAAUAACUCUCUUUUACACUAGAUAAGAUCCUCAUCAUUAUCCCACACAGAAUCUCGUCACACUGAAUCUUUCAAAUGAUGAAGCCAAACACAUUCAGUUUUAAAAUACAACGCAGACUCCCCUCUGCAUGUGAUAACUUGUUGUAUGGUUCUAUUCCAUUGUGCCUUAUGUGGUAAACCAUUAAUUCUCUCUCACUUAGUGCAAGGUAUAAAGAGGCCAAUAGGGGGAUUGGUGAAAGACUAGGACUGGACUGGGGAGACCUGACUACAAAUCCCCAACGAGCUCAUGGGGUCCACUUAAACCAGUCACUCUCUUUCUACCUAACCUGCAUCACAAGGUUAUUGUGAGGGGGAAAUGUAGGUUGGGAGGAGAGAACUAUAUGCUGCUGUGAGGUUUUUGUAGAAGCGACAGGAUGCAAAUACAGUAUUAAAAACGGAAAAGCAUAUGUCUACAUGUCUAUGCAUUUAGUAUAGUGCCAGGCUAGAUGUGAGGGUAUAACUAUAUGAACAAAGUCAACACACACAUUUUGGGGGGUUAUGUAAAUCCAAAUAACAGCUGAGGGGGAUCCUGGACAGCUUCCAUAGGCAGGAAUGGAAGUGUUUUCAAAAAAUGGCAACAGCAGCUUAGGAGAGGAAAAGAGAAAGAGGUGGGAGGAUCUUAAACUCCACGCCUCCCGGCACCAUGGUCCCCAAGACUCCUCAGGCUUCCUCAUCGCUGCUUUGCAUUAUGAGAAAAGCAUACAUGUCAAUUGUGGUCCUUUUCAUUUUGGCCCAGGAUUCUGCAAGGAACUUGUUGCUCCUUUAUUCUAGAUUGCAUUUGAACGUUGUGACCUACUUUGGUUCUUCUGAGAAAAUUGUGUGCAUGUUACUUAUCUGCCUAGUAAAUUAUCUAUCUGCUGUAAAUUACAUGUGACAAAAAAUAGCUCAAAAUUAUGUUCCUUUUUUUGUUUUGUUUUUCAGGAUAUAGCAGUGAACACGACUGUCGUGCCCCAGGCUAAUGUAACAGCUAAGGACGCUGACAAAGACACAAUAUAUUACAACCUUACAGCAGAUCCACCAGUUAGUAUAUAGUUGGGUGGGGAGUUAGUAUAGCCCAGGCAGAGGCAAACUUCGGCCUUCCAGAUGUUUUGGCCUACAACUUUCAUGAUCCCUGGCUAACAGGACCAGUGGUCAGGGAUGAUGGGAAUUAUAGUCCAAAACAUCUGAAGGGCCAAAGUUUGCCUAUGCCUGGUAUAGCCAGUGGUGCAGACAGGUAGUUUUACUGGAGCUCUUUCAGUGGAAAUGUGUAUUUGUUCACUUAAUUCAAAACAUGCUGAGUUUGAGGGCCCUCCCAUUCAGGGCUCAUCCAGACUUCUGCUUGUCCCACGGCUUCCCCCCAGGGAAACCCAAUGUUUACCGUCGAAUCCGAGCAAACAUCAGUUGGGGAUUUCUCCAGAUUGACGUUUGCUCCGAUUUAGAACUAAAGAGCAGGUUUUCUGAGGGAAAGCAGCAGCGCAAAGGCAAAACCACUCAGACCCACCCAGGCCUGGAAAGCAUGGGAGAAGCAGAAAACCACUCAGAGCCAUGCUUUCUAUGUAUGGGACAAGCAAAAGUGUGAACAUGACUUCAGUCUAUGGAAUGGGGCCCCGAGAUUCUGCUCCAAAGCCCGGCACUUGCUUCUCCCAUAGCUGCAGCCCUGAAUCCAAAUAAACAUAAAACAUUAUGCGCUCUCUCUCUCUCUCUCUCUCUCCACUGUUUACUAUCUGUGUUACCUCAUUCCUAAGCUUCCAGCCUACAUUGCUUCAAUUGCUUCCACCCUCUCUUUUUCUGUGGAGGAUGGGGACCCUACUCAAUUGGUGUCUCAUCCCCAGUUCUUUUGAUCCUUUGAUGUCCUAAUAGUCCAUUAGCCCAGGCUAUCACCUCACACCAGAGGCUAGUCCUGGCUUAAUUAGCUAUUGAUACAUCACAGUAAACAUGACCUUGGCAUCAUUAGCUUUUGAUGCAUGCUGAUUCCAGAGAAUUAGAAGUGUCUAGCACACAGUUAAAAUACACAUGGGUCGAGCAUAGCUUUCACACUCUAAGCCUUAAUUAAAAGGAUUUAAAUGAAAACUCCAUUGUACCAGUAAGAAACCAGAGAUCAUAUACUUUCCAUAACCCAGUCACUUUAGGUGUCGAAACAUGCAACAAUAAGCAAUACCUUUGACAUUAAACAGUGUUUUUGAAAUGGCAUUAGGUUCCAUAUCUGUGAUGAAGAGUGUGUCACUAUCUCUUCUUGUCUUCUAGGUAGGACUGGAGUAUUUUAACAUUGAAGGAGUUAAUAACCCGCAAAUUUACUUGCUCAAAACCUUGGAUUAUGAAAAAAUUAACUACAUGCAGUUCAUCUUAUAUGCCAUGGUGAGUUUUAUCAUGAGCAAAAUAUAUGUUUAUUUGCGACUGCCCUGCUGCACAUGUGUUUCCACAUUCACCAGAUAAAUGCCCUUGUGCUUUCAGGGUUGCCACUGGCAAUCUUGACAAUUGCCAGGCCCCCACAUCCCAGAAGUCUGGCCUAGGUAUAAGAGCUCUGAUGCGCGCACACAGUUCCUUGCUCUGCAAAUGCUUUCUCAAUCAUUUCAGUGCAGAGAUCCAAAUAUUUAAAUAAAAGUGUUUGCAGAGCUUCCCCCUUCAGUGAAAUGCAUAAGAAAGAUCAUGCUGAAAACAUACUUGUUUACCCAGGAGUUUCCUGGCCAUGAAUAUUGGCUGCUGCAUGUGGCCAGCCACUGUGGUUAUUGUAUUAUUGCAAAUGUUAUAUCAUAACGAAUUGUGUCUUAUUUUUUGCACUGGGUGGUAUUCAACUAAGGGCUUCCAGAACAGUGCAAGUGGGGAGGCAGGGAGGGAUCGUUCCAUCUAGCAACUCCAUAUGCUUGCCCUGGUUGAACGACUGCCUUAUGUCAAUGUUGAAUUCCUCCCACUCUUUUUAUUUCUGUACAUUGCAUUCUGUUUUCAACUAUAAAGCAGUAUGCCAAUGUUUUAAAUAAAUCAAAUCGCACAUUGGUGCUGGACUAUCAGUUUCCAGCAGGGUGCACUCAUGACCUUUGAUCAGAGGUAUUGCCUUUAAAUGAAUUUAUUUAAUUUGGCUUGUAUGAAUCAAUGCAGCUACUUGAACUCAGAACUUCUGACAAGGUAACCUGCCCUGGUGGGUUUUGCACGUAUAGUGCUAGGGAUUGUUUUGGUGCUGCUGUUAUAAUGGACAUGUUCCCAUUUCUUGUUUUUGUCCUUCAUUUUUCUUUCAUAUAGGAUGGGAAGGCCGGUGAAGCUCCACACACAGCCACUGCAACAAUAACCAUACAUAUCCUACAGGCUGACCUGAGACCUCCCUGGUUCCAGCCAUGCACUCCUUUUGGAGGGAAUAUAAUGUGCAUCAACACGGGCUACACUGGCAAGGUCAACAUUUCGGAGAAUAUGGUAUGCACAAGGAACCCUUAGGCUGUGUCCACCCCAGGAUGCCUCACUUAAUUUUGCUUUGCUCCUCUCGGUCCCUAUAGGACUCUUUUUGUCUUUGCUGUCUAUGGACUCAAAGAUCAGUCCAGGAGUGCCCUGGAACCAAGCAGCACCUCUGCCUGCUGCAUCAAACCUGGAACAGAAUUGGUGCCAAUACCAAGAGGGCACUGGCUAUUCCCAAGAAAAAUAGCUGGGGCAGAAAAACUUCUACACAACAUUACAACUUUUACAACCCAACUAAACACACUUUGCAUGAGGCUCAAACUACAUCUUUGGUUCUUGCCUCCACUUUCCUUUAACCCAUUGCAGUCUAUGGCAAAGGAUGUCUAAGCAAAAAAACAGCAGACAGAAGCUGCUUUGCCCAUUCCCUCCUGUCUUAAAAAAAGAAGAAGCUCAAAAACAUGCCCUUGUUGCUUUUUUGCCCACAAGGGAGAAAGAAAUGGGGUUCUCAUAUCUUUCCCCAGUGUCUUUCCUUCCACACAUGAAAAGGCAGUUUGGGGAGGGCAAUAUUGAGUCGGGAAAGUGGCAGAAGGGGGAAGGGUUAAGCAGCCAGCCAAACUUCCUGUUACCUGCAGAGAAGCCUAUUAGCCAUGCUAGGGCUGCUGCUCGCAGGUCUUCUGCUUCACUCCAGAUCAAUGCCAGCAAGUCGGGGUUUGACUCCAAACAGCAACACAAUGAGGAGUGUGCUUUCAUACAACAAGCGGGGUUCAGGAGCAGAUUUUGCCUGUGUGGUGGGUAUGCUAUGAGCAGCCUACCCCUUCCAAUAAGCAUCUUCUUAUGCAUAAGAAACGGCAGUGACAAAACAAUACUUCUACGUGUCAUGAAAUUAGCUUCUACUACCAGGAAAUGGGACUCUUUUUGUUGUGGCUGCCACUCCUUUAGGCUACAGUGGCUGCUUCCUGCUCAUGGACUUGUUGUUCGCUAGGAAAGUAAUAACCUACAAUUUGGUAUGUAAGCACACAGCUUGCAUUGAGGCUGGAGGCUACAUGCAAAAUGGCAGGUUUCAUGUCAAACUUAUCAGGGAACCUUUUUAGCAUGAGAGAUAGAGAGCAGCAAUGAUUACAGGCUGGUGUGGGGAGUAAGAAUGGGAACAAUGGGGGUACACAGCAUCUUCAACAGGCCAGGACCUCCAAAACAGCCAGAGUGAAUGUAGCCACAUCAUUAUCAUCAUCAUUAAAUUUAUAUCACUCAUAUGUGAAAAAGGCUUCAUCCAAUUCAUCAUCAGCCAGCUGCAGCAUCAGCUCUAUAAUUUAUAAUUUGUUUCAGAUAUGUUGUUAUUGUAACAUCUUGUUAACUAAAAGCCAGACUCGUAAUGGCUGAAAGUACCUGAAGUGAGCAAAUGCUUUGAUUUCUGGAAACAUCUGAAAAUGUUUUACCUUGUUUAUUGCAGAAUGAGUCUUUGGUCUUGGAGCCAGGACCCCUCUAUGCUAUUGAUGGGGACAGAGAUUUGAAUGAAAAAGUAGAGUAUGCAAUUGCUGAUGGUGAGUAGAUUACUCCUACCCACAGGGAAAAAAAGUUUUGGAUGCCAACAUUUCCAGGAAAAUCAAGGCUUAGUUAAUAAAUCCCUGUGUAGCCUUUUGAGUUUCUAUGUGUUCUAAAUAAGCUACUCCAUGUGGCAGGCACAGGUGCGUAUAUACACACAGACAGACACUGAGCCUUGUAUCCCAGCUGGUAACAUGGGUCAUCAGCUACAUCCAGCCUUGGAUGUGAUGGUAUCAGAGCCAUGGGCGUAGCCAGGAUUUAUUUUGAGAGGACAAAUGUGAGCUAUCUGCAACACAAUCACUCAGUUAGUUAAGUAUUUUUAUUUAUUUACUUGAUAAAUAACUCCCGUGGCUACACCCAUCCCAUUCUUUCUUCCGGUGACCAGAAGUUCCAAUUACUAAUUUUCUCAAAUUUCAUUAGGAAAUGACGACACGUUCUCAAUAGACAAGGAUUCUGGGGAAAUAACAAUGAACAAGACUGUUAACACUCUGAAGACUUUCAUGUUGUAUGUUGUGGUAAGUCUCUUGGUGAUCUGUGUUGAUCAACUCCUAGCCGGAAUAUGUGUUUACCAAGGAGAAAAGAGCUAGCUCAGCUUCCCUCAAACGGGUGCCCUCCAAGUGUUUUGGACUGGCAUGGGCUGAUGGGAAUUGCCAUUCAAAGGAUCUGAGGGCACCAGGCUGGGGAAGGCAGAGCUAGGCUGUGAGAAAUGUCUCUUAGCCAUUCAUUAGAUCAGGGAUGGGGAGUCUGUCGCUGUCCAGAUGUUGUUCAUAGCAAGCAUGGUCAAUGGUCAGGGAUGGUGUGAGUUGUAGUCCAGCAACAUCUAGAGGGCAACUAGUUCCCCACUCCCACAUUUACCAGUAAUCCAUGAUAAACUGGAUCUAAUCCUAUAGGCCUUCAAGGAUGAGCAGUCUCAGGCCCACAGGCCAAAUUUGGCCUGCCAGGUCUCCCUAUUUGUCCCACAAGACCAUUUCCCCCAGACCAUGCUCACCUGCCCCACACCUGAUAUCAUCUGCUGGUGUGUGGGGAGUUCAGGCCUGCUGGGUUCAGGUGUACAAGGCAGCUUCCUGCAGAAAGUGAGGCUGAACUGCCCACACAUCAGCUGAAUGUGUGCAGUUUUGAAACCAGUGGUUUUGAAAAGUUCAGUUCGCUAUCUUGAUUCAAAAUGGUGUCCAAACAUAGACAAAACCCUGCUUUUUGAUCUCAGGAGCCAUUAUGCAAAAUUUGCAUAUGACCAUGUUAUGAGUCUGGGGCAGGGUAGGCUUCUAUGCUGAGAGACCCUUCUAAAGCCUGGAUCCAGCAAGUGUAUAAAUCUAAGCAAGGAUUCAAAUUCUUGGAAUAGCCAGGCUAGUUUCUCAAUGAGGUAAUGGCCUAAGUUUGGAUUGUUAUGGUAACAAAGGAAGUGGCUGUGUGCCAGACAGCAAAUGGGUGGUGCUCCCUUCCUCAACUCUCUGGUAGUUAGAAAUACAAAUGCCAAGCUGGAGAGUCGAGUUAUGUGUGCUAGAAGCUAGAACCUGCAAGGUUGCAGGCUGGGUAGGGGGGGGAGACAGAACUAUGCUUGAUUUCUAUUGGAACCCAAGGUUAUGGCUACAGUAGAAACAAGACCCUUUCUGGAGGUCUUAAUGGUGUUGACCCGUCCAUCAUAGGCUCAGAUUGUACAUAUAUGUGUGUAAACAAACCAUAUAUCAUAAAGAUGCAACAGUCUCCACUGUCCCUCAAUCAAAAGAAAACAGGAACCCUGGAACUCCUGAAAUCUUGCAGUACUUGGAGACUGGGAUGGCAUGCAACAAUAUCUUAAGAAGUGUCCAAGUACAUAGAGUGGUAUUCAAGGACAGGGUGCCAACUGUGCAAGGGUAUCCUCUUGUGAAAUUAGGUCUCCCUCUCUCCCUCCCCCAUACCCUUCCAACUUUACAGCUGGAACUCUAUGAUGCUAUGAAACAUGCCCCUGCCUUGGAACAGAUUCAGGAAUCCCUAAAACAGAAUUAGGGUGUGCACAGAUUUCUCCUUGCGUAACAGAUCAUUCUCUCCCGUGCUAUGUUGGAUUCUACCCACAGUGAACAGACAAAGAAACAGCUUCCCAAAAUUUGUAGUAGGAAUUCAAGUGCUUGGUUAAAAUGUUGCUCACCUCAGAUCCUUAGAUUAAGAAACAUAGGCUACAAAACUGAAUUUCUGCAGUUUGGGCAUUUUUGGGAGAAUGUCAAAAGGGUCAAUCCUGUCCCCACAAGAGUCUGAUAAAAGGCAAAGCACUUCACACUCAGUGACACUGUAAAAGCCAGCGGCAGAGAGUGGAAGAAAAGCUUAUCAUCCCAGAUCUCAAGCACAUACUCCACCCCACUCCAUCCUGUGGGAUGUGAAACACAAGAGCAGUCAAUUACAACAUUCCUAGAGUGUACAUGUUUAGACAUGGGGAGGGAUGUUUGUCCAGCCAGCAGGUAAACUUCCUGUUUCCCUCUGGGCUGGACAGACUUCCUCCACAUGUGACUAGAGGUGGGUGUGGCCUCACCUGUGCAGGUAACAACAAAAGCACAGGGCAGGGGCAGCCAUCUCUCUCUGCCAUCUUCAUCUUCGAACAAGCAACAUCUCUCCUGAGUGAAAGAUGCCCUCUUGGCUCCCAGCCAAGAGAGGAGAAAGGGACUAUCUUCCUAUAAGAUAGAUUCCAAAUGUAUAUUACUUCAUUAAGCUUAAGUCUGCGUUCUGGGAUCUGAUUGUGAACAGAAUGUGAGUAAACUCUUUUUAUACUUUUGUAAAGGACUGUGUCGUGUCUUCUAUUUUAAGAGGGAAUAAGGGGAAAUUACCAGAGUGAUUAUUAUAGAGGCUUAAGCAAGCCUGAGCAAACGCUGCCGUUGCAAACUUAAAAUGAAGGGAAUGUUUUACUCUGCUGAUAUUGGGAACUUGUUAACACAAGUUGGAUAAGGAUAUAAUCAGACAAUAUAUCCUCUCCUGCAUCCCUGAACAUUCCCACCCAUCCCCACCCAGUGCUUACUUUCCAUUAAGUCAUUUUGCAUUUUAUCCCUUGAGGAGAAUGACUGUUCUUGUGCUUCUUGCUCUCUCUUUCUCUAGGCUUUCCAGACCAACAAUCCAUACAGAUAUUCCCAAACAACAGUGGAAAUCAAGGUUGUGCGUAGAAAUGACCACAAGCCGUACUUUGAGAAAACCCUUUACGCAGGAACUGUGUCUGUGGGCCUGCCUGUUCCCAGCCUGGUCAUGGAGGCUGGGAGACCUUCAGUGCCCCUACGCAUCUUUGCUGCGGAUGAUGACUUCACUGAUGUAUGGAACUUUAGAUGCCUUUGAAGGUCAUUGGGGUGCUGGUCAGGGGGAGGGGGGCAGAGAUGUUAAGAUACUAAUAAUGAUAUCAGAUAUGGUUCCUAUGUGAGGUUCAUGCGAGUUAAUGCAUGAAGGGUUAGAACGACCCUCAUAUCUCUUUUAGCAUUAUGAUCUCAUGUCCGUACUUGUGCAAAUCUUCAAACCCCUGAUCUGCAUAUGACCUGUCCACUUUGCCUCUCAUUUACCUGUCUACAAUGAAAUAAAAACCACCUGGAUCAAGCAAUCUUUUGCAGGCACCAAAAAUAAUAAUAAAAAAAUCUGUUGUGACACACCCCCCCCGCAUUAAAAAUUAUUUGGUCAAAUAUUUAUUUACAUUUUAUGCCCUCUCCUUUCUUCCAUAAUGGAAUGCAAGGCAACACAACACAACACACAUGGGGCUCCCAGGCCAUUUCCCAGGCAAGCACUGGCCAGCUGAGCUUUUACAGCAUAACUGUAUCACAUGCACCCAGAUUAUGCCCUGGGACCAUUUUCAAUUUGGACCUUUUGUCAAAUAAAUAAUGCUCUGAAAUUAUGUAAUUCAGAACUUCCUGAUAAAUUUGGAAGUAAGUAGUAGUACAGUUUAUUUAUUUAUUUUAUCUUAUUCUGUGUUGAAGGGGUUGCAGAAAUGAGGAUUGGAGGGUGGGGGCAGGUACAUACCCUACAACCUGGAGGAAAUAAUCGGGGCAGGCUGAAAGGAAACAUGCUGAAAGUGUUGACAAUAACAGGGAAGCCGAUACAAACAAGGCCACAACCAGGACAUUGGCACUAGUGACUAGGUGCAUAUUGCAUAGCCGGGGUGGGAAUGGGGUGGAGCGCAUAGGGGCAAAUUGUUGUCUGGCUUCCAUGUGCUUAAUUACAGUCUAUUUUUAUAUUCUCCAUUCACAGAAAUUCAAUCCUGAUAUCAAAUACCAAAUCCAAAACAGCACGAAUUUCACAGUUACCGUAGAUGGAUUUCUCCUGACUGCUGUAGUUUUGGAUGUGGCCUCCACCGUCACCCUUUUGGUAGGUCAUCUUUCCCCCAAAAUUUGUGUGCUAUAUUAAUUUGAUUGUAAUGUCUGAUGUUAGAAAAAGGCACCAGAGGCCCCUUUAAACAUGGGCUGCUGUCAUCAUAAUUCCUCUCAUUGUUAUUUCUCACUCCAAGAGAGUCUGGUCAUGGAUAAUUUAAAGUGGACAAAAAAACCAAACACACAGAUGGGAGCCAGGACACGAUAGUUAUUUACAUUCUGAUCAGGAUCACAUUUGUUUAAAAAAUGUAACAAUAUUGGCAAUAUUUGUUCCAAAGACUCCGGAAACACAAAUUAGGAAAGAUUAUGUAUCUUUUAUUAGACCAAAUUCUGCAAGCUUUUGAAGUACACCGGCAUAGGUAUAUAUGGUAAGAUUUCUGUGUAACUCAAAAGCUUGCAUUCCACAGCACCAAUAGAAGAUUGUCUAAUCUUCUAUCCUACCUAUUUUAUGUUGCUUUUCAUAAUAAAUAGUGGCCUUGCUCUAUUUGAGUGCUGUUGUGAGGAUAUUUUAAUGAAGGCAAUCAACAAAAUGAAACAGGAAACCCUUUCAUACUAAUUUUAUAAGUGUGUGUGUAGGAGUCAUAAUUGUGCUGCCUAGCUUCACACUCUUGCCAGACCUAUCUGUGCAUUGCAUAUGUAGACAUCAGCUGUAUGUUCUGCAGAACUGGAGUGUAUAGAUUACACACUCCAGUGCACAGAAGCUUGAACUGUUCAGAGCCCUUAACUAAUUUAGUGCCUUCAUAAAUGAAUUGAUGGAAUAAAUGUGUUUAUGCGAAGGGUUAACAUCCACUUUCAUGUCUGCACAGGCUAUUGCUAAUGACACAGCUACUCUGCAAGAGGACAGCACCCUCAUAACUGUAGAUGUCAAGCCUUUAGAAAGUAAGUUAGCACAUACAGCGUAGAUGAAAUAUAAGGAUCACAGAUAUUGCUCAAAAAGACUAAGGCAAAAGUCUGCUUCCAGAUUAUCUCUGUUUGGGGUGGGAGGCUCAACCACAUACCACCAAAUUCAGUUUACAUAUUUAAAGUGUUUUGUGUGUGUGUGUGUGUGUGUGUGUGUGUGUGUUCUUGCUCAGCAAACAUACUUUCAAAACAAUGGGACAUACUGUACUGCCAUAAGGAAAGUGAUAGGAAAAUGCAAUGGAAAGUGAAGGAUAAUAAUUGCUUUGCUCAGCCAAUGUAAGAAUAACUACUACAAUUUUAUUUUAUUUUAUUUUAUUUUAUUUUAUUUUAUUUAUUUUAUUUUAUUAUGUGCCACCCAUCUGACUGGGGUGCCCCAGUCACUCUGGGUGGCUCCCAACAGAAUAUUAAAAGCAUGAUAAAGUUUGAUACAUUUAAACUGUACCAGGUUUACCACUGCCUUGCCCCUACCCUUCUACCUCCUGGUAAGCAGCAGUAACGCAACCAGCCAGAGGUCAGGGGAGCGCUGCCACCCCACCAUGCCAUCCUCUUCUGUUUGAUGUGAUGUUGUAUAACCUCCCUGCAAACAAAACAGAAUGAAGGUUCAAUAAAUAUAUGACAUUAUAUAGCCACCCCCAGAAACUUUGUACAAACCAAUCAAGAUUAAUGCUCAAUUAACAGGCCAUCAGGAAGUUACCUCAGGGAAGGCGUGUUGUGCUAUAUGGCUUAAGGGACCUUAGCUUUAUUCUUGGCCCAGCAAAAAAUCAAUAGCAAGCCUGAAAGCCUAAUUUGGCCAAUCCAAAUGUGCCCUUACAAAACAUUUGGUCUGUGAUUUUGGAUCUGAACUAGUCCCUAACCCCUUUUCCUAGCAUAAAACUAAGGGUAUAGGUUUUCUUUGCCAACAGCCACAGGGGUCUGAUAAGAUUACCACAGGGUUCUGAUAAAAUACCUGUUGUCAUGAUUUUGUCUACAUGGGAUCUAUAAAGGUUCACCAUCUAGGGGCUGUUACAAUAUUGUCUCCAUUUUAUAAUGGUUUUGAGCCUUAAUCUGUGUACAUUUCAUAUGAAUAAGGUGUUCAGUUUCUUGGUGUAAAGAUACAACACUGAAAAAUAACUAAUACCAUGGCCUAAUGCAUUUUCAGCUCCAACCAUUCUUCCUACAGCCAUCACUACCACAGGGGCAGGGACCACUAUUUCAGAUAUUUCAGAUUUACCACCUGGGACAAUCACUACUCUUCCUAUAACACCUUCUGCAAGUACAACCAGGAAUACUGCCAUUACAGAGAAGCCUGCAACAGGCCCAACAUCUGACUCAGUCAUCCCUCCUUUUGUAACUACAACAAAGUCUCCCAUAAUCACAGGUAGCACUUUAGAACCCCAGACCGCCAGUUCUCCCAUCACUGGGAUAAGCCAAGCAACAGAUAGGACUGAUGAAUCUACUGCUGAAACAACUUUUCAGUCUGGAGUAACUGAGCCUUCCAUAUCCACGGCAACAGGGGGAACGGUCCAAACUGUUACUUCAGCUUCUUCUCAGACUGGAACCACCACCACACAUCCCAUAAUAGAUAUAAGCCCAACAACAGAUAAACGGUCGACUGCAAAUACACCUUCUCAGGCUGGAACUACCACAAAGCAUCCCAUAACAGGUGAGAGUCCAGCAACAGAUGAUAUAGGGCAAUCUACUACUAAGGCACCUCAGACAGAAACCACCAAAGUAACUGAUACGACUGUUUCUUCCACUGUUCCAACACCUCUCUAUAAUGGAACAACCACCUAUACCACAGGAGAUGCAACUAGAACCACCACCCUAUCGAUAACAACUUCAUCUUCUGGCAACCAAACGACGUCCAUUCCACCAGGUAAUUCAUCUCAUAGACUAUCAGAACCUGUGUCUCCUCAAACACCCACCACCACAAGUUGCCCAAGACAUAGAGUAAACGUGUUAUUCAGAGGCAGACUAUACUUGACAUUUGUCACGUGGUUUGGUCCUGCAUAUGUUGUUUUCUUUCACAAAUAGCCAGCGUAGGGGGUGGGGACCCAUGAUACACAAGAAUGGUGGCUUUAACAGUCCCUUUUAGAAUCCGUCCCACCCAGCGACUGUUAUCCAUCAAUAGAAGAAAGCUUCUUGAGAUUGGUUCAGGGAAUUGUUGUUGGAGAAGUGUCUAGGUCUGGGGCCUAGGCCAUGACAUUAGGUAUUACAUGCAGGGAUCCCAAUACAGCUAAAACUGAUUGUGAAAAACUUGAAACAAAUGCUUAGUCAUGGCUUACUAAAAUUCUGCUCCUUUGAAUGGGGCUUAAAAAAGGUAAAGGGCCCCUGACAGUUAAGUCCAGUCGCAAACGACUCUGGGGUUGUGGCUCUGAUCUCGCUUUACUGGCCGAGGGAGCCGACGUUUGUCCGCAGACAGUUUUUUCGGGUCAUGUGGCCAACAUGUCUAAGCCGCUUCUGGCGAAACCAGAGCAGCACACAGAAACGCCGUUUACCUUCGUGCCGGAGCAGUACCUAUUUAUCUACUUGCACUUGGACGUGCUUUCGAACUGCUAGGUUGGCAGGAACUGGGACCAAACAACGGGAGCUCACCCCAUUGUGGGGAUUCGAACCACCAACCUUUGGGCUUAGUCAUGACUAAUUUUAGCUGGAUCAGGGCCAGGGUGGCAUCAAAGUGACUAGAGAUAGUGUUGCUCACAUUAUUUCUCUGUGUACGGUAAGACCACUAUACCUCCUGAUGCGUUUGAGAAUUGGUUCACACUGAAGUAGUAAACCUGUGUCUGGCCUGUACCAUUUCAGGUGGGGAAGGGGUGGGAGGAGACCCAUGUGACCAAAUGUUCUGCGAGACAGAAGAGGCUCAGGCAAUGAAUCCUACUGGAACCUGGCAGAACUAGCCUAGCAGGAAAAAUAGCAGGGAGUGUGUAUGGGUUGGUCAGGUAGGUUACCAGGGGGAGGGAGUGGACUAAAGAGUCCAGCUGGUCAAUGCAGAGUCUAUUAGCUCAUAUGGCAUGUUAGGUCAGGUGUGCCCAGGUGUGAGGGCUCACCCCCUCCCAUUCGUAUUGGGCUUUGCCCUAGAAUUCAAGCCUGGGAUCCCCUGCAUGUGAAACAUGAGCUAUCCAUCCCAAAUAGGCCUCUUCCUAAAGCCCCGAACCCCUGGUAUGUGUGAUGGGGUGUUGGGGAAGUAGGUGGAAGGCAGAUAAAUAUCCCAUAUGUGUCUAAUGCUUGGGUGUUGUGUAGAACUGCAUGCAGUGCAGGUUUGAGUAUGUAUGUAGGUAUGUAUGUAUUUAGCAUGCAAAAGAUGAGUGGUUCAGUAGGGUCUCUCUCCCCCGGGUGGGGCUAAAACUUCCUUCUCCUGCUUCUUUGGCGUGAACUCCACUGGAAGCUGUUACUGUUACUGUCGGGGCUUCAUGAGAUGUAUUUUUUGCAGAUAGAGCAGGGUGGAAUCCAGUUAAGAAUGGGUAAGAAAAGAGGCAACAGAAAGCAACAGACUGAGAAUAUUAUUGACAGGUAGGACAGAAUGUGCCAGAGACUUUUAAAGUGAAAUAACAGGGACAAAUGAAGUCAUAGAAUGGUAGACGUGGAAGGGACCCCAAGGGUCAUCUAGUCUAACCCCCUGCAAUGCAGGAGUCAUGGUAGCUUUCAGAGAUAGAAGGAAAGCAAUGUCAGGAAUGGGCAUUAUACCUUUCUGGAAUCCAAGGCACAAUACAUUACCCAUGGGAAAAUGUAAUUCUUCUGCCAUCAAGGUGGCCCAUUGCUAUCUGAAUGCAGAGUGGAAGAAUGUAGCUGCAUAUCACUGCAUAUACACCAUACAUUUAAAACACAUGGCUUCCCCCACCCCCACUCCCCAAAAAAUUAUGGUGAUUGUGGUUUGAUUCAAGAACUACAGUUUCCAGGAUUUGGUGUGCGCAUGUGUGAUUUUAAAUGUAUGGUGUUUAUUUAGCCUGAGUCAAGGGCUGACAUCAGGAACACAACCCCACUCUUCCAAGGCCUGCGUCAUUUGCUGACCUUUGAAAUGUUUUGUUUUCCAUAAUCCCCCCCCCCCAACUCCAACUUCCCUUCUAUAGGAGAGAGGAAGGAGGGAAGGUAGGAGGGCAAUAAAGUUUGCAGGCUAUUGAGAGACUGGUUUCAUUUUUAAAAAAAAAUCAAUAGAGGCUGAGCUCUCCAUUGUUGUAUCACUCAAACACAGAAGCACUCCUUUUUCUCUCUUUAAAAAGAGGGACAGUGCAAAUCCCCCGUGCCCCACCAUUUUGUGGACCUGUUGGCUGAGGCUGAUGCGAACUGCAGCUCAACAACAUCUGGAGGGCCAAAGGCUCCUCAUACCUGCUCUAACCCACCAUGGUUUCCGCCUUUGGCUGACUGGCAGUGGCUCUCCAGGGUCUCAAGUUGGGAAGUCUUUUUGGACCCUGCUGCUGGAGAGCCUUAAAUUGCAUUUCAAUUGGGCCCUUCUGCCUGCAGAGUAUGUCAUUUACCACUGAACUAGGCAUCCCGCUUCUCCAUUUUUUAAACUGAGCCACCCUUCUGGCUUUUGCUCUCUCCAAAAGAUUGUUUUAUUUUUAAAGAGGAAAAAAGCCCUAAUUUAGUUAGCAAGCAGUAUCUUGAUUCCAGCACUUCUGAAGUUGUGUGAUAUUGGCUAUUUUUGAGAGGUGAAGUGCUAGUCAUUUCACUUCAUAUUAAUGAUAAACUCUUAGAAGUAAUAGAAACCUGCAGGCAAUAGUCAAAGUCCACGCUGCUGGAGAUUACAGACAUGAAACUGAUAGCUGGUCACGGUUUUACUAAUCGCCACAAAGCUUUAAAACGAUAGCUUGGUAGUUAAUAGGGAUGUGAAGUGUGAAAUGAGAAAGGGCAAAUUCCUACGGCAGGCAAAUCCAAGUCAACCUAAGAAAACCCUGGCAUGUGUUUCCGAUUGGAUAGAAACUUGGAGCAUAGCUAUCUGCUAGUGACUAGUUCAAUGUUAGAUACGUUAACUGAAAAGCUAGGGAUACUUUUAGAUAUAUUGUGUCAUGGAAUCUGGAAGAGACCAUCAAGGAAGGAGGAGGAAGUAAUGACAUUGCAGCCUCUAAAACCUGUUAUCCACACCCACCUGUCUUACACCUUAAGUCUUAUAUUGACAUUCAGAAGGAUGUCCCCUCGCCCAAUGAUUUUUUAAAAUUGUUUUUCAUUUAAAUACAAGAACAGCACCUACGGUAACUACAGUAACUUGUUCAGUGGUACAUUCUUAUUAAGUUCCAUAUGCAGUACAUAGUACGCAAGCAGUACAUUUGUUUACUGUAUGUAUUAUCCAUUAAAGUAGCCUCUCCACAGAGAUUGUUGUUCUGAGGAUGGAAUAAAAGUAUCUAUUUAUAAAAGAAAAGGAAGGAAGGAAGCCAAGUCUCCCCGAAAGUGCCUACCUUUGAAGUGCCUUUAAUUACCAUUCUGUGGCAAGUAAGGCAUGCCAAUAAAGCCACAUUCCAAAUAUUAUUUAACCAGAUUUCAGUGGGGAUUUCCAGAGAUUGUUUCCAAUAUCAGGCUACUGUUUUAUGUUUUUGUUUUCAGAACAGAGUUGUCAGUCUAGAACAGAGGACAUGGCUGCUGUGGGCACCACUUUGGGAUGUUUACUGCUAAUCACAUUAGUGCUGCUUGGACUGGUCUCCUACAAGUAUUACAAACUAAAACAAAGAUAUGGAGAAGACAGCGAAGUAAGUGGACCUUUUGCUAUACAUUGAUUUUGGAGUGCAAGCCUUAGUUGUGAAGAACUGCAGUGCAGGAAUUUGUGAGCUUUUAUGCUUUUAUCACGUUGUAACGAUGGCCAACGACAACAAAAAUACCCAAAGAAAGAUAAGAGCCUUGUUUAAAAACAUCCCUGGUCUAAAAAUUAUUAUAAAAAAAUAAAAAUAAAAAUUAUUAUAAAAAAAUAAAAAUAAAAACAUCCCUGGUCCACUCUUCAUUGCGUAUGCAAUGAGUCAUUGGAAAGUCACACCUGUACAUCAGUUACAACAUCACACAAGCUAGUAUGUUGAGCUGGGAUUGCAAUUUGUCAAGCAGAAACAGAAGGAAAAGUUGGUGCUGCCAUGUGAGCAUCAGCCACUACACAACAUUUGUGAGUUCUCAGCAUAUUGCAUGAAGCAUUUGUAUGUAAUAUGUAAAUAUGUAAACGUGGCAAAUAUACUAAGCAGAAAUGAAUAGUGUGAUUUGGCUUAUCAUUAGAUUGAAUUAUACCACAGGGGGAUUAGGCCCAAUAAUUUCUAAUGUGGGUGAUCCUUCUCUAUGCACCUCCCUUCCCUUUCCAUCAGUAUGAACAUUAAAUGUCCCUCUUUUGCAGUCUGUUGAAGGCUUGAUCAACAGCAGCAUUGAAAGCGAUGAGAAACCUAACUCAGGUGGAAAGGAGGAUAAGUUGCCAGCAAGUGUGAUGUCUGAAGACGACAAACCGGUUGCAGAGAAGCGGUCAGGCACCCUGUCUCCUUUGGAGGAGACAGCGGGAAACAGCCAGGAAUCAGCAGCUUCUGAAACGAACAAGGAAGGUGAAGAAGGCAACGGGGACACAGACAGUGAAAAGGAAGUAAGAUCCAUCCUCACUAAAGACAGAAGGAUGUCAGACGAUGGCUACAAAGCAGUGUGGUUUAAAGAAGACAUUGACCCAGAAGCUAAGGAUGAUGUUUUGAUGAUUGAAAAUGACAGCGAUACAGAACAGAAAGGGAAUGAGAGUGACAGUGACAAUGCUGAUGACCAGGCUGGUGACGAUGAAGUUGAUGAUGGUGGCAGAGGUGGCAGUGACAGGUCCUUCACGCUAGGAAGAGCUCAACUCCCAGAAAUUGAUUCUACUGAUGAUCUUCAGGAUACAGAAGGAGAUGGUGUUUUUUUGUAGGUGAAAUAUUGUCCAGGAUUCUGUGAUAGAGCUGACUGUUUUAAACUAUGUUCUGACCAAGCUUCUGCAGCUUCUUCCUAUGACCUCAACCAAUUAAUGAGCAGCAUUCACCAGGAAGGGCAGUGUGCAACUUUGUCCCCUUGGUAAUAUAUCACACCUUCCCCAAGCAUAAAGCUGAUAACAACACCUAAACAACAACUUCCUGACAGUAAGAGCUGUUCGACAGUGGAAUUUGCUGCCAAGGAGUGUGGUGGAGUCUCCUUCUUUGGAGGUCUUUAAGCAGAGGCUUGACAACCAUAUGUCAGGAGUGCUCUGAUGGUGUUUCCUGCUUGGCAGGGGGUUGGACUCGAUGGCCCUUGUGGUCUCUUCCAUCUCUAUGAUUCUAUGAACAUCUUAUGGAAUUGUUAGGAUCAUUCAACCCAAGCAUGAUAAUUAACAUACAGCAGCAAGGACCAACCCAAAACAGUUUGAUCCCUGAGGCAGCCAAUUCAAAUGUAGUCACCACCUUCCAACGCGAAAUAGGAAGUAGCUUGUAGAAGAUGUACCUGUUAUCACCGGCAUAGUGAGCUCAGCUAGGGUUGCUGCUAGUUUACUUCUAAGCAAUGGCUGCUGUUCCACUGGUACUAAUCCUGCUAGUAUAUUUGGACUCAUAGUGUUCAACAUAGAGAUGUCCAGCUUGGUGGGAUCAAUGUGGCCAGUCAUCAGCAAAAGCCAACAUCUGGAAGAAAAUAAUAAUAAUAAUAAUAAUAAUAAUAAUAAUAAUGGUUUUAUUAUUUCCCUCCUGCUCAUCUCAAAUAAGCUCUUUAAUGAGCAAAACUGGGAUAGUAUUUACAGAAGUGUUAUUUCAAACCAGGAGAAACAUAUUGCUAGUAGUUUAUGGGAUUGCCAUCUCCUUCACAGGACAUUGCCAGGACAUUGCCAAUAUGGUCCACUGGGUGGGCUUGAAUUCAUCCCACUUCCACCGUGGAUUGCCUGGGAUAAGUUACUUCAAGUCUUCACAUGACAUGUGGGCUGCUGCAAAGUUGGUAACAAACUAACAGUGCCCUUUGACUACUCAGAAAUAAGGCACACUGAAUUCAAUGGGGAUUACUUCCAGAUGAGUAUAGGAUUGCAUCCUAUGGUUGUGAUAAUGACCUCAUUUUUUCUCUUUUUUCUUUUCAUAUUUUUUAACAUUAUAAACAUCCAUUCAAACCAAAUAACACUGAUACAAACUUGGGGUUCUCUGAACCCCCAGACUUCCCCACCACCACCAUCACCCACUCUGGUUUUCAAAAUGUAGAUUUUUUUUAAUCUUUACCGCAUUUGAUUACAAUUAUCUAACUUUGGUUUAAUCCUCUUUUUUUUUUUUAAGUCUUUUGGUUUUCGCAGAUUACAAGUGUUAUGAAAAUCCUACUAACGUCUUUAAGUCUUUCCAAUAUUCUUUAAUAUAAUCUAUGUACUUUUUCCAUUCUGUAUUAAAUUUGUUUUCCUCUUGGUGUCUGAUUCUUCCAGUCAUCUUUGCCAUUUCAGCGUAUUCUAUUGUCUCCAUAAUCCACUCUUCUUUAGCUGGUGUUUUCUCUUCCUUCCAUCCCUGGGCGUAAAGCAUUCUUAUCAUGACCUCAUUAAAUUAGAAAAGGUUUAAAGGGAACUUGUGGUCCUCCACAUAUUCCCAUCAUCCUUUACAUUUCGCCAUGCUGGUUGAGGCUGGUGUGAUUGGAAUCCAACAACAUCUGGAGAGUCACAGGCUCCCAACACCUGCCCUAGAAAUGAUGAGGAAUGGGGCUUACUUCUAAGUAAGUAAGCAUAGAAUUGUGCUGCAGAACUGCUGUUAUUUUCCAUGACGUUUAUUCAAGGUAUUGCAGUCUUUAUUCUAUAAGGCGAAGUCAAACAUUUGAUUCUAUGAACACCAACAGUUUCACAAAGCUCUUCUCUUAAAGCAUUAAACAAACAGGAGGAGACAGAGAAACAUCAUAUUGCUAUUCUUUACGUGCAUAAUUUGCAAGGGAUCAAUUUCGAAAUGAUGACCUGGUGCUAUACUAGGAUGGUAGCAUGGUGUAUUACACCAACAAAAUUAAAUUUAAUAAAAAAAAAUGUAGCAAUAAUUGAUGGAAGUGUCGAAAUGGGAGGGGAAAAUUCCCCAGUUGUGACAGAAUUGCCCUUCAGCUAAGAAUUAUUGAUAUAUGAGAAGAGAAGAAAUGAGGAGGGAAAGCAUGAAUAAUGGAUUUGCAAUUUUUCUUAUUAGCUUAUAGAAGCAACUUUUUUAAAUAAAACAAUAGAUCAAGAAUUGGCCGUUAAUAUGAUUGUCACAGCAAGAAAUAAAAUAUGGAGAAUAUGGGAGACAGAGAGACUCCAGUGAUCAAAGAAUGGAUAAAUGAUGUGAUCGGGCAGAAAAGUCAAUGUUAAUAUAUGUUCUGUUUGAGUUGAAGAAAAUUAAACUAUUCUCUGUGAGAUGGGUUGCAGGUGUCAGAGGAAAGGAAAUAUAUUAACAUCUAAUCAUGUCAUAUGCUUAGACUUGGCUGUGAUAAUUAUGUAGAGGAGAAAAUAUAGUUUAAUGAUUGUUAGGUUGGUGCUUUUUUGUUUUAAAGAAAUGCU